AACCUGCAACUACAACAAGGACAAGCAUACACCCACCAACGCAAGUAACAAACCAGAGAACAAGAACAAGAACAAGAACAAAAUUUUCUAAUUGAAACUGGUUAGUGAUUUUCUCCUUCAUAUAAUUCAAUGAUUCAUAAUCGCCAUCUGCUUUAUACUACUACGAAUCUCUAUAAACUCACCCGAAAUCUCUCUCUUCUCUUCCGCUCCUACCCCUUCAUUUCCCCAACACCAUUUGCCCAAAAGUUAACGUUUUUGACCUCUACAAACAGAUUCACUCACAGUUGGGGAAACCCAGUUUUGUGUAAAGAUUUUAGCUUUGUGGGUCAGGUUCAUUUACUGAGAUGUUAUUGUUCUGAUAGUGGUGGGUCUAAGGAGUGGACUGAGGAAAUUGAGUACUUGGAUGAAUCAGGUAGUGUUAUUUACAAAGGUAAGGGUAUAAGGUCAGUGGAACCUGGUCUUGAUGAUCAUGUAAUGGUGGGUGAGGUCAAGAAACCCUUUUUGAAUGCCCUGGCUGUGGCCAAGAUUGUUGAGGUUGUUAAAAGGUGGAAAUGGGGUCCUGAAUUGGAGACCCAAUUGGACAAACUUCAGUUUGUGCCAAACAUGAUCCACAUUACUCAAGCUUUGAAGGUCAUUAAUGAUGGUGAUGCUUGUUUGAGUUUGUUUAGGUGGGCUAAGAGGCAGUCCUGGUAUUCUCCUAGUGAUGAUUGUUAUGUUAUGUUAUUUGAUGGUUUGAACCAGCGUAGGGAUUUUGAUGGGAUUCAAUCGUUGUUUGAUGAGAUGGUUGGUGAUUGUGCUGAUAGUGGGGUUUCCAUGACUAUUGCAAAUAAUCGAGUUAUUCGGUACUUGGCUAAAGCUGAGAAGUUGGAGGUAUCUUUUUGCUGCUUUAAGAAGAUACAUGAUGCAGGUUGUAAUGUUGAUACUGAAACGUAUAAUUCGCUCAUUACUUUGUUUUUGAAUAAGGGUUUACCUUAUAAGGCAUUUGAGAUAUACGAGAGCAUGGAAAAAGCCAAUUGCUCGUUGGAUAGUUCGACUUAUGAAUUGAUGAUCCCAAACUUGGCAAAGUCAGGCCGUCUUGAUGCUGCUUUCAAACUCUUCCAAGAAAUGAAAGGAAGAAAUUUCCGGCCAGGUUUGAACAUCUUUACAUCACUCGUUGAUUCAAUGGGGAAGGCAGGGAGAUUGGACAGCGCAAUGAAGGUUUACAUGGAGAUGCAAGGUUAUGGAUACAGGCCACCCCCUACUAUAUAUGUUUCUUUGAUUGAAUCUUAUGUGAAGUCUGGAAAGUUAGAAACUUCUCUUAGGCUUUGGGAUGAGAUGAAGAAAGCAGGGUUCAGGCCUAACUUUGGCUUGUAUACUUUGGUUAUUGAGUCCCAUGCAAAAUCAGGGAAGCUUGAAGUUGCUAUGUCUGCAUUUUCAGAUAUGGAGAAGGCAGGAUUUUUACCCACGCCAUCUACAUAUGCUUGUCUCUUGGAAAUGCAUGCUGCAUCUGGGCAAAUUGAUCAUGCCAUGAGACUGUACAAUUCAAUGACUAAUGCAGGAUUAAGGCCUGGCCUAAGCACUUAUACUGUUCUUUUGACUCUACUGGCUAAUAAGAAGCUGGUCGAUGUGGCUGCAAAAAUUUUACUUGAAAUGAAGUCAAUGGGGUAUUCUGUGGACGUGACAGCUAGUGAUGUUCUGAUGGUGUAUAUUAAGGAAGGUUCAGUCGAUCUUGCUUUGAGGUGGCUGCGUUUCAUGGGUUCAUCAGGAAUCAGAACCAAUAAUUUUAUAAUCAGACAGUUGUUUGAGUCAUGCAUGAAGAAUGGCUUGUAUGAGUCAGCCAAGCCACUUCUUGAAACAUAUGUUAACUCUGCUGCAAAAGUUGAUUUGAUACUUUACACCUCCAUUUUAGCCCAUCUUGUUAGGUGUCAAGAAGAGCAGAAAGAGAGGCAUUUGAUGUCUAUCCUUAGUGCUACUAAGCACAAGGCACACUCUUUUAUGUGUGGACUUUUCACUGGCCCAGAACAGAGGGGACAACCAGUGUUAUCUUUUGUCAGAGAAUUUUUUCAAGGUAUUGAUUAUGAAUUGGAGGAAGGUGCUGCAAAGUAUUUUGUCAAUGUUCUUCUAAAUUACCUAGUUCUUAUGGGGCAGAUAAAUCGAGCUCGAUGUGUUUGGAAGGUGGCUUAUGAGAAUAAACUUUUCCCAAAGGCUAUAGUUUUUGACCAGCACAUUGCUUGGUCCCUUGAUGUAAGAAACUUGUCAGUUGGAGCUGCUCUUAUAGCAGUUGUGCACACACUUCAUAGGUUCAGAAAGCGCAUGCUAUAUUAUGGUAUUGUCCCAAGACGGAUUAAAUUGGUGACAGGACCAACUUUAAAGAUUGUGACUGCACAGAUGUUAAGCUCAGUGGAAUCACCAUUUGAGGUGAGCAAAGUGGUUCUACGGGCAUCGGGAGAUUCUGUCAUGGAGUGUUUUAAGAAACCAAUAGUUCAGCAGUUUCUUCUGAAUGAAAUUCCUUCUAGAACUGAUAUACUGAUGCACAGGCUGAACAUACUUUUCCCUAGUUCUGCACCAGAAGUUCGAUCUCUAUCUCCUCCCAAACCUCUCAUUGCAGGCAGGGCAAUGUAAACAGUCUUGUUAUCUGAGUUGAUGCAGAGUAUGACUUUGUCAAGAAUGGAGUAUUCAUAUAUGCCAAGUUAUGGUUUUGUGUCCUGGUGAAAAUAGAAUUGCUUUAGUUUGCAUUUUAGAGGACUACUUAUUUCUCAGCUUUUAAUUAAUAAUUUUGUUGUUCUUUCGAAUUGUUAACCUUCUUCUGAACCCUCCCAUUCUGUUCUCUCUCUCUAAAUUUUCCAUCUUUCUUUUAUCUCUUCCCUAUUCAUAUUCACGGUAAGCUUCUAAACAAUGCAAUGGCUUUCCCUCUAAGGACAAUUUUUUAAAAAACAUUAUUUAGAAAAUGCAUAUGGAACCGAAAGGGCUUUCCCCUCAAACAUAAUUUAGCGGAAGAAAUCACCCUAUCAUAAAUUACAAGAAUGUUAUUUAAUUUCAGGUGAAAGAGUUGGAAGAUGAAAAUCAGAGGGCUGGCAACCUUUGUUAAAGUUUGUUCACAAUGUGGAUUUUGCUUCUGAGAAGAAGACGGUAUCCCAUUUUGGUGCUGACACAAAGGAAUUGGCAUUGCAUGACACAAAUAUUCACCCCAUUAUUUGACUUGAUUAUUUAUAUUCAAGAUCAAGAUGCAACAUCAUUGCUUCAGCAUAAACUGGCUGUUCUGAAUCUUCUGAUGAAUGGAGGCUGCGCACACAAAUUGAUCGAUUCGUAUCUUAUCCGAGGCAUUGCUUCACUGAAUAAGGAAUGCAUCUACUUAAGAUGAUACUAUUUUUUCUCUUUCCCAAUGUGACUCUGCCAGAGAAUAUAUGUUGAUAGUGUCUGUUAAAGCAUUGAUUGGGAUUGUCUUUACCAAAAGAAUGGCAUCAUGAACAUAUUGAUUGAAAUAACAUUGGUUCUACUGUUCUGGUGUUUACAUGACAAGAACUUAGCAUUUGGUUGCUCCUUUGCUGACUGCUGAAAAACCUUUUCAGUGAUUUCACUGCUGCUUAGUUGGCUACUUUUCUGAGUUGUGUUCAUAUUUCUUCCUCAGGUCAUCAUAAUAGACGGGGCUGUCUUUUGUCAUAAAGACACCAAGAAAUAUCAUGCAAUGUUAUCACAUGGUCUCCGAUUGCUCCAUUGAACAACUGCUGUUUAAAAUUGAGUGCAGAGAAGUUGUUGCACAAGACCAAGCAAUAUUCAUCAUGACAUGAACAUGUAUCUCAUAAUUCAUUGCGCUUCCUUGAAUGAUGUUAUAAUUUCAUGUAUCAAAGGUAUAAGCUAAGUUUGUAUAGAAAAUAAGAUAAUUACACUGACUUCUUUUGAAGUUAGCUUUAAUUAUACUGACAUUCUUCUUGUUGCUUUAUUAUUUGUAAGGGCACAUUGAACUUGUUUUUUGGAUACACUUAUCAAUAAGUAGUUAACUUCUG